AUGGAUUCAGAACCACAAUUUUCCUCCGCCUUUGACCAUAAGAAGGACAGUGAGAAGCGUUCCGAUGAAGACCAAGAGAGAAACCUUGAGGAUCAUGAAAAAAUCGACAGCCGGAAAGGGCCUCCAGCUGAGUUCCCCAAGCACGAAUGUACAAUCGGACAUGGGAUCGAUCUUUUGAAGGCUUUUGUCCCAGGAGAAUCGCUACGGAAGAGGAUAACCCGCUGUUUCCGGCGAAUUUGCUAUCUGGACCCCAGGAGCGCCCUCAGCAGGGAGGUGUUCUGCAGCGACACCGCGAUGAAGCGGGAAAUUUCACGCAACAUCAGCUUCUACGCCAGCAUCAUUCAUCCGUUCAGCUAUCUGAGAUUCUGCUGGGAAUGUGUGAUGAUUUUGACGUUUGCUGUGGCCUUUAUUGUGCUUCCCUACGAUGUGAUUUUUCUGUACCAACCGGAAGAGUAUUACACCAUGUCAUUGUUCCACAUGGUUGUUUUGGCGGUUGAUUUCGUUUGCCUGGUAGACAUAUGUUUCAACAUUCGUACCGGCUUCUAUGAUAAACAUCGUCAGUACGUGGAACUGGAUUCUCGCAUAAUUGCAAAUCGAUAUUUGGCUAUGUGGUUUUGGAUAGACUUGAUCAGUUCUGCCCCCGAUGGGCUGUUCUCUCGUUACAUUGUUCCGAAGCAUGCUCUCCAGUAUUCGUUCAUCGAUUGUCUGCACCGACGGGAGCUUCACUUCGGAUGUUUCUGGGACUUUUGGAAGGUGCUUUCAAUUCUCAAAAUGUUCCGUUUGCAAACCUUCCUACGGUACAUCAGCAACGUGUAUAGACGAUACGGACUCCGGCGGAACGUCAUGAAAUUCACGACUAUUGCCACCAUUAUCGUGGUCUCGCUUCACUGGACAAGCUGCCUUAUGUUUCUUGUGGCCCGCUUCGUCCAGGGUACCGAUCCGGAUCUGGUCGAUCCCCAAUCGUGGACUAAGAAGACACACUUUUGGAACGAGACUUCAUCUCGACGUUACUUUGAAUGCCUCUAUCGGUCACUGCAUACGGUCGGACUCAUUACCCAUACCAUAGAUCAGUUCAUGACCAACGAAGACAUUUUGAUGGUUUUGGCAGCCACUGUUUUUGGUUACGUGCUAAAAAUCUACGUUCUUGCCGAACUGUUGAUAUUCAUCAGGAUCCUCUUUUCAAGCACGAGUAUGUACCACGAACAUCGUCACGAACUUCAAAACUACAUCCGCUACGAGCAAUUUUUGCCGGAGCUUGGCUCUCGAAUGCUGUGUUAUUACGACAAUCGGCUGAUGAGCAAAAAAUACGGUCGGAAAAAGCUUCUCGAUAAGGUUACCAGCGAUCAGUUUGAGGCAGACAUUCGGGAAGAUAUCUGCGGAGAGUUGCUUUCGCGUGUGUCACUCUUCCGAAUGAAGAUGGAGCCAGAAAUGAUGAAAAAACUCCUGAUGGCCCUGGAAUAUCAGUUCUACAUGAAGGACGAUGUCGUGGUGAACGCCUCGCUGGGAGUACAUCAAGCGAAAAUGGUGUUCGUGAUUCGCGGGACUGUUGCUGUCUACACAUCCAACUGGAGGGAAGUGCUACAUCUGGAGGAUGGAGAACACUUUGGCGAAUACCAGCUUGUGCUGGAGGGCGAUUACAUGAAAUAUUCUAACAUUGUUGCCGUGGAAAUUAGUGAAGUCUACACUUUGGCGAAAACCGACUUCGAUAGAAUACUGGCGGAACAUCCAGAGGUUCAAGAGACACUAACCAACCUAGCCAAAGAACGCUACGAGACACUGACAGCUAUGGAAAGAGGUGUGAUCCUGCAAACUAUCGAAGAGGCGGAAACGAUUAGACGAACCAAGAAGCUGUACGAAUGA